UGCCGGCAGAAACCAAUUAUGACUUGCGAUCCACGACCAGAUUCUUCGAAAAGGAAAAGUGAGCCAAAAAACUUUCUUCGAAAAGCAAAAGGAAGCCAAAAAAACCACGGCAACCAUCAAAUACCGUAUCAGUAAGAAUCCAGUUCAAAUUCUUUCUUCAAAGACAUCAAGCGACUGGUCGAGCAGAGAAAAAAAUCUAUCACAAGAGUUUUAUUUUUGAGUUUUGAGAUGGCAGCGCCAGGUGUAGGAGCAGGAGCCGCACCGCCUCUUUUCCAAUUCCACCAUGAAUACAGUAAUAAUCCUCCUCCUCAUUAUCAUCAUGAAUACAGUAAUAACAGUAACAAUAGUAAUCCUCAUUAUUAUCCAUCUCCUCCUCCUGUUGCUGCUGCUUCUGCACCACCUCAUUUCCUUCCCCCAGUUCAGCAAUUUGCCCCUACUCUCCCCUUUCCUGUUCCCUACCACAAUAAUAAUUCGAGUAAGAAACAUAACAGACAUGGAGGGGUUAGCAGUGGCAAUCACAAGGACAGAGUAAGGACCCUGUUCAUCUCUGGUCUUCCCGAAGAUGUUAAGCCCCGCGAGAUUUACAACCUCUUUCGCAGGCGACCCGGGUUCGAAACCUGCCAGCUGAAAUACACUGGUCGUGGAUAUCAGAUAGUUGCAUUUGCUGUAUUUUCUCACCAACAGUACGCAUUAGCUGCAAAGGACGCUCUUAAUGGCUUGACAUUUGAUCCUGAGACAGGAGCAACUUUACAUAUUGAGCUUGCAAGAGCAAAUUCUCGGAUAAAACGAUCAGAUGAUGGAAGCAACGGUCCUUACGAUAAAAAGAUCAGAGGGCCAAUGGGUGUGCCAGGAGUAUCUGAUGAUGAUGGAACCGGUGAAAAUGUGAAAAUACAAGGUUCAAAUGAAAUCACACAUAGUGGUGGGGAAACGGGAGCAUCAGUAACCAGUCAAGAUGGCAACUGUAGCCCAACUAUGGGACAACCUGGGGGCAAUCCACCUUGCUCAACUCUGUUUGUUGCUAACUUAGGUCCAACUUGCACUGAGGCAGAAUUGGGCUCUGUGCUUUCGAGGUUUAAGGGCUUCAAAAUGAUGAAAAUGCAGACUAAAGGUGGAAUGCCAGUUGCUUUUGUGGACUUUGAGGAUGCAACAUGUUCAACAGAAGCUUUAAAGAAACUCCAAGACACUUUGUUACCCUCAUCUGACCGUGGUGGCAUGCAUUUAGAAUAUGCAAAAUCCAGGAUGAGGUAUCCAAGACAACAAGAAAAGACAGUGGAUACUGAAAUUAAACAGGCUUUCCCUUUAUCCUUUGCAGACAAAGCAUGAAAUGGUUAAGAAUUUUAAGGCUCACAAUUGUCUGCUUCAUCACAAGGGAUGAAUAAUUGAUGGAAUCUGGGUGCAGUGAACGAUUCGGGUGUUUAUGUAGCCUGGGACAAUUCAGGAGCUUAUGUUUCAAGUUGCGACUAUAUACAUUGUUUCCUGGAAGUCCAUAGCAUGCAAUCUGACAAAAGAAUUACUGGAGAAGUUUAUGACUGGUUUCAUGUUAUUGGUUUUCAUAUAUACCAAUCCUUACAUCUUUGUGCUAAUCUUUUAUAUGCAUUUCUAGCACACAGCUGAAUGACAAUUAUUUCCUUCCUUUCCAUUUCAUGUUUAAAUGUGAUUACAUACUACAUAUCAAAUCUUGUGCCAGACUUUUUAACCCUGAAGAGGAAUUUGCUGUGAUCUUAGUUUUGACUAA